AUGGGACGAUUCAGAUCCAAAGACGCAUCGAUGGGUGAAAGACUUGCCUCUCUAGCUGUAGCAGGAGCUAUGAAAACAAAAUUAAAACUUGCAGGUGGUGCAGCAGGAAUAGCCAAGGCUAUUGGUGAUGCUCGGUCGGCCAAAAAACAACUUGAUGAAUCAAAUCGUCACAAUCAAAAAAUGGAGGCAAUAGCAAUGGGAAAAGGACUCUACCUAAAACCGUACAACAAGACAGGAUUGGGAACCUAUGAAGUUGAUGAUCUAGCUGUUUACCUACAUGAGCACGUUUCCAAGGAAAUUCAUAAAUUUAUUUUUCCUUCGAAAACACCAACGCAGACAACACCACCACCACCACAAUCUACUCAUCAUUAUUUGACAAUGAAAGUUAAUCGAAAUACUAUGAGAUGCGAGAUAAAGUCAACUGGAACUAUAUACUUUAACAAGGACCGUUCGAUAGGUAGUCUCUUGGGAUUUGAGAAAAAAGAAUUAAAAAAAGAUAUAAAACACGAGUCUAAAAAUCCAAUCAACAUAACCAAAGUUAAUACUAUAUGUGUAGAAUGCAACUUGACUGUUAAUUCAUACAACAACGAUAAACUUUCACAUAUCCUUCAUAUGUUCUAUCCAACAGUAGCACCAGGUUAUAAAAUCGUUGAAUCCCCCUCCAACGUAAUUUAUCUUCCAAUCAACACUCGUUAUUUAGAUGAGAUUAUUCUUAAAAUAACCGACCAAGACGGUAAUUUGGUUAAUUUCAAUGAGUAUCAUAGUUACUUGCCUUAUGCAAAUUCAAGUUUGAACAAAUCCGAUGAGGUGCGAAUCCCGAUACAAACUCAAAACAUUUACACCUACCCUGCUGAGAGCUUCCUCGAAUUAGAAGGGGUCGUAGUCGAUGAACAAAAUAAGGCUAGUGGUACAAUUCAACUAACCAAUAUGGCUUUGAUGUUCCUAUUCGAUGAGAUAAGAUACGAAAUGGCUGGAGUGGUGGUAGAUCGAGUUCGAAACCCUGGUAUAACGUCUCUUAUGAAGGGUUACGUCAGUUUUACCGAGCAAGAUUGUGUACGAUAUCAAAACGCAGGUUGGAAUCAUUUGGAUCAUGUGAAAAUUGUACAUAAAGCUGAUGGAUAUUUCAAUGCAUGCAUCCCGUUAAAAAUCCUAAUGGGAGUAUUUGAGGACUUUCGCAAGGUUGUUGUAAAUGUACGACAAGAGCUGACACUAAUCAGAAGUUUUACCGAUAACAAUUCAGUACAGACAACAAAAGCAGGAGAAAAACCCCAAAUACGUCUAAACAAAAUUGUUUGGAAAGUUGAACAUGUCAAAGUGGACGAUGAGUCAAACUUACGGUUGUUAUCGGUCAUUGACAAGGGUAGAGACUUGACUCUUUCGUUUCGAGGAUGGGAACUUCAUGAAUAUCCACUUUUAAAUCAAACAAAACAACACACAUGGAACGUAAAGGCUGUAAAUCAAUUGGAAAAGCCUCGAUACAUUAUAUUUGGAUUCCAAACAAAUAGGAAAAAUCUAACAGAUAAGGAUUGCAGCAUGUUUGAUCACUGUCACAUAAAAAACUUCAAAGUCCAUUUGAACUCCGAGGUUUAUCCCUACGAUAAUUUUAACCUAAAUAUUAGCAAACAACAGUAUGCCUUGCUGUACGAGAUGUAUGCACGAUUUCAACAGUCCUAUUAUUACAAAGAUGUGGGUGAGCCUUGUUUUACAUUGGAGAAAUUCAUUGAAAGGGCUCCCUUAGUCGUCAUUGAUUGUUGUUACCAAGUGGAUACCAUAAAAAAUGGAAGUGUCGACAUUCGUUUGGAGUUUGAAACUGAUACAGACACUCCUGCAACUACCAGUGCAUACCUGUUGAUUUUACACGAUAAAAAAGUUAAAUAUAACCCACUUACCAGUACAGUAAAAAUUUUAUAA